ACGUUAAACGGUGAGAAAUGCCCCCCAAGAAAAGAGGGCGGGCGUCGUCUUCAAAAUCGAAAGCUUCUAGCUCCGGGGUUGGCUAUGAAGCUCCGCAUAUAAUAGAUGUAGACGAGGAGACGUGGGACAUCCGUGGUCGUGGACAGAAUAUAUUCAACCCGAAAAAUGAAUACGCUGGAAGGCCUGAUAGGUUUAGUUUGGCCGUUCACCAUGGGGGUAUAUUUGUUGGCGAAGAAUAUGUAGGGGGUAUGUUGAAUUAUGUGGAUAAUUGUACUAUCCGGCAAUUCGAAUUGCUGGACUUGUCAUCCAUUGUGCUUAAAUUAGGUUAUCGCAGAGAAUACAUUUGUGAGUUCUACUACUGCCAUCCUUCCCACAAUCAAGCAUGUCAUGGCACUAAAGUUGGUCAUCCUCUCGAACCACUUAUUGAUGAGGAACACUUGAAGAGAUUCAAAAAGUUGGCUAACAAACUAGAGAGAAUUGUGCAUGUUUAUGUUUUGGAGAUCACCGAAGUUGAAGCGAGAGCCCGAAAGCAUAAGGACCAAGAGGCAUAUAUGAAGGAUUAUUUCAGUCCUAAGUCGAAGGGUGUAGUGAUAGAGGAAAUCGACGAGCCCCCUCUGGUUGUGUCGAAACAGAAGCCGCUGAAGAAGGCGAAGGUCAAUCCUGGAAUACCUUUGCUUGAGUGGUAUGAGCAGGAUGUAGAGUUCGAAGACUAUUUAGUGAGUAGUUUGGCUAAAGCACGUGAAGAAUGGAGAAAGAAAGAGGUAGAUGAAUCAAGAAUUUUGAAAUUUUUGAUGGAUGAAUUUAGUGCAACUGUGGAACAGUUGAGAGAUGAUCGGCCAACCUUACAGCCCGAAGCAACACUAGUUGAUACACCUUCAUCUGUGCAAGUUGAGGAGCAAGCCCCACAAGAAACAGUAGUUAAACAUCGUGUGGCAGCGCAUAGAGUAGAGAAAAUUACUGAUGUUCCAUUUGAACCUGCACAGCCGCAACCAUAUGUGCAAGUUGAGGAGCAAGUUCUACAGGAAUCAUUUGUUCAGCCUGCAUUUGAGGAGCAAGCCCUACAAGAAACCGUAGUUGAACAUCGUGUGGCAGCGCAUAGAGUAGAGAAAAUUACUGAUGUUCCAUUUGAACCUGCACAGUCACAACCAAAUGUACAAGUUGAGGAGCAAGUCCUACAGGAAUCAUUUGUGCAAAUUCAACCAGCCCCACAGACUGAAACAGUUGGUUAUAAACCUGUUGAAGUAUCAUCCGAUGCACCAGGCAGUGGAGUGGAAAGUUGCUUGGGAACCGAGAAUGAAGUGUAUAGACCCGAUUUGAAUAAUUUGUGUAAUUUGUGUGAACCACAUGAGUAUUCGUUCAUUGAUAACUUGGUAGAAAAUUGGGAAAAUUGGGAGCAAUACCUUGAAAAUUGGGUUGAAGGUGGAGCAGGGCAACAGAUGAAGGAGAAUGUUGGCGGAGUUGAUGUUCAAGCUUCGCAAAACUUGGCCGAUGCAGCUCCUCUAGAUGAUAACUUGGGCGGGGGCAGACCCCAAGUUGAAGAGGAAAACCUAGCUGCAGCAGGGGAGAACAUAGUGGGAUUAGAAGCCCAGACGCCUCAAAGUUGGGAAGAUUGCCCUCUACACAACGAGGGUAGUGAUGAAGAUUCAGACGAUGAUGUUGUCCAGGUCAUAUCUGUCAACAACAUGUGUAGAGACGAGCAGCUCUUUUCUUCGUACUUCGAGGAGCUAGUCCGGGCAAGUACUGAUGUUGAAGUAGAUACUUCUGCAAACCCAAGCGGUCCCUUAAUAGCAUCUGGUUCGAAUGCCUCCAAAACCACGAGGAAGAGAUCAUUCUCAGCAAAAAUUACUAAAAGGAAGGAUGAUGGGUGGCAGCUGGCAGAAGAAGCCGACAUGCUUAAUGAUUUGGCGAAUACCGAUCUACAUGACACAACUGAUCUUGAAGAAGGUAGGCGUAGGACCAAUAUUCGUUGUCGCACAUUCACUCUCACUGAUGGCUUGCCGGACUGGAGUGUUGGGGAUGUGUUCGGUGAUAGAGAGUACAUUAGGGAGACACUCCGACAGUAUUCAGUGUUGUCGAAGAGGGAUAUCCACAUCAAGGUCAAUAACAGGAAAAGGUUAAGAGCCGUGUGCCUUGGACGUGGCUGUCAGUGGUUCGUUUACUUCAGGAAGAAUCCCAUUCAUAACAUGACAGACUAUGUUGUACAGACGAUGAAUAGAAGACAUUCGCUCACUUGCUCCAGGGUACAGAAUAAUCGAUGGAUCACGUCGAAGUGGUUAGGGCAACGGUUCAUAGAAAAGAUCAAAGCGAACCCUCACAUUCCACUGACAGCUAUUCGACAAUGUGUAGAUGAGCAAUUCGGAUCAACUAUCAGCAGAAUGAAGGCAAAUCGGGCUAAAGAAACGGCACUGCAAGGCAUCUAUGGAAAGAUUGGGGAUCAGUACAAGAGACUUUUUUACUACAAGGAGGAGUUAUUGAGGACGCAUCCUGGAUCAACUGUCCACAUACACUACGAUGAUGAAAGAACGAGCUCGAGCUCUGGCCCUCGGUUCCGUAGGAUUUAUAUUUGUUUAGGGCCAUUGAAGGUUGGAUGGAAACGCUUUUGUCGACCAAUAAUCUUCCUUGACGCAUGUUUCUUGCGUGGGAUGUACAAGGGUCAGCUCUUCACCGCUAUCGGCAUCGAUCCCAACAAUGGAUGGUGGCCAAUAGCUUGGGCAGUUGCCGAGACCGAAAGCUACGAGCAAUGGCAUUGGUUUCUGGAUUUCCUAGACGAGGAUCUGGAUAUAUCGGCUAAUCCUCCUAGAUAUGUUUUUAUGUCGGACCAACAAAAGGGCUUGGGUAUGGUAAUUGGUGAAAAAUAUCCACAAAGCGAACACCGAUUUUGCGUACAACAUAUGUACAACAACUACAAGAAGCGCUUCUCCGGAGACAUAUUGAAGAAGAGGAUGUGGGGGAUUUCAUCUAGCACAACGGUCGUGGAGUUUGACCAAAAUAUGGAUGCAAUGCAAGUGUUCAACACAAAUGCACACCAGUAUCUGACUAGAGUUGCCCCGAAGGAGAAAUGGAUUAAGGCCUUCUUCUCUGAGCACACUCUUUGUGAUACACAGCUCAACAACAUGUGUGAGACGUUUAACUCAAAGAUUGUUCUUGCUCGAGAGAAGCCAAUAAUAACCAUGCUGGAGGAGAUUCGAACACAGCAGCUGGAGCGCAUACAGAUCAGAGGUCAGUGGGUGAAGAACUAUGAUUUCCCGGUACCUCCUGUGAUCAAGGAGAUUAUUGAUAAAGCAGCCGCAGAGUCGACCUCGUGGAGAUCGUUGUGGAACGGUGAGCAUGAAUACCAAGUCACUGGCCCUUAUGGUCAGUUUGUGGUGAAUUUGCAAACAAAGAAAUGCACGUGUAGGCUUUGGCAACUCAGAGGUAUCCCAUGUGUGCAUGCGGCAGCCUCCAUUUUGAAGAUCGGCGAUUCCAUCACAGAUUAUGUGUCUGAGUAUUACUCACGGAUCCGCAUGACUGCCCUCUACGAGCAUGUCUUGUAUCCUAUCAACGGGAUGGAAAAUUGGCCUAGAUCGUCGGAAGUUGGUUUCGAGUUGGUUCCCCCUAACACAAAAAGGCAACGUGGCCGCCCACGCAAGGUUAGAAGAGAACAAAAUCAGGUACAAUAUCGUGAGAAUGGGGUCGAAGAACUUAUGCGGUCAACCUUGAUCACGUGCAGUCGAUGCGGUCAGAUAGGGCACAACAGGAGAACCUGUCAAAACGACCCUCGACCACCGACACCGACUAGUCAAAGGAGUGGAGCAUCUUCUAGCCAGCCGCAAUCUGGUGCGGGGCCAUCUUCAAGUCGAUCAACUGCCGCACCGCGGGUUGCUCCGGCCAGACAAGCACCAGCAGCUGGGAGAGGGCAGCCUACUCGGGGGACAGCAGGAGCGGCAGGUCCACCUCGUCCAAUAAGCGUCACCAGGAGGGCUCAGAGGUGUGGCCGUCGCAGAAACGCAGAUUAAACUUGUGGGUGUCAUUGUGGGAUUUUGUUGUGGUGUUGUGUUUCAUUUUGUGAAAAUCACGUGCAGUCUGCCUUGUUUUGUCAUGAACUUUGAACUUUACGGACUUCGAUUGAAGCCUAGCAUUUCAGGUGGUUUUUGAUUU